AUGAACGAAAAUGAUUCUAGUAAGGAGGAAAUAGAAACCAAAAGAGCUCCGGAGGUGGAUGGAUUUGUUAUUGCAGCUAAUUGCAUUGCAACUGUCACAGAUUCCAGUAAAUCAAUGGCCUAUUUGGAUUGCCACCUCAUGGUCACAAAUCCUCUUGAUUACGUCGAAGCAUUAGGAAAAGCUGGUGCCUCGGGUUUUACUUUUCACAUUGAAGUCUCUAAAGAUAAUUGGAAAGAACUUGUGCAACUGAUCAAGUCAAAGGGCAUGACGCCCGGAGUUUCUCUGAAGCCGGGAUCGCCUAUUGAAGACGUGUUUCCACUUCUUGAAGAUGAAAAUCCUGUGGAAUUGGUUCUCGUCAUGACUGUUGAACCUGGAUUUGGUGGGCAAAAGUUCAUGCCAGAAAUGAUGGAUAAGGUACGUACACUGCGGAAGAAGUAUCCAUCUCUAGACAUAGAGGUGGACGGUGGUUUAGGGCCUUCAACAAUUGAUAUGGCUGCUGCAGCCGGAGCAAACUGCAUUGUGGCAGGAAGUUCGGUUUUUGGUGCUUCUGAUCCAACUCAAGUUAUAUCCCUACUUCGUAAAAACGUGGAGGAUUCCCAGAAAACUAAUUAG